GCCUGCCAUGCGCCCCCACCUGUGGAAAGAAGAAAAAAGUGAAGAAAACGGUUAAUUAUAUCUUAAAAUAAUAAAAAAUGAAGUUUUAAAAAAUGACUGAGUGCCAACGGAGGAGGGGCUCGAAAAAGCUCAACCCUUUGGCGCUGAGAUGGGGGGUGCAAUCGGCUGGCUUUUUUGAUUCCCGUGUUGCUUCUAAAGCCUGUAUGGAUCAAUUAUCCUAUCUUCUUCUCCAGCCCCCCGGUCCUCCAGCCCCCGGUCCUCCAUACUGGCGCCUGGUUACGGGUCAGUUUGCGACUCAUUUGCUGGGCUUGAUUGAUUGACUUCCAAGAUGCUGUCCAAGAUGAUACCAGAAUGCCCGCUGUGUCACCUGCAAUACUACACUCUCUCAAGGCACUUAGUGGUCAGGCACCUAGUCCUGAAUAAAGAUGAACGCAACAUUCUCCUACGCAUGGCCCAUGGAAGAAUUAACAUUCGCCUGGAGCCCUGUUCUGUUGUUGGUUGUUCAUACCAUGGCACCAGGCUGGACCGGCAUCUCGAGUGUGACCACCCGGAGCUCAGCCGAGAAGAAGCAGACUUGUCACUGCAAGAAGUGAAACGCAAGGUGGGGCUUAAAAUGCUGAGGGAGCUCCGGGAGAUGGACCCCCCAGUACACAUGAUAACGACACUGGAUGUGAAAUAUGGUGCUCAUGAUGAACACCCAGACUCCGGGGCCGGGAUAGAAGCUGAAGCAGCAGGUCCCUCCACUCCCCCAGCUCCAGAGCCAGCUCCAGAGCCAAAGGCAAAGCGAAAGCGAAAGACAUCCUCCACUCCCCCAGCUCCAGAGGCAGCUCCAGAGCCAGCUCCAGAACCAGAGCCAAAGGCAAAGCGAAAGCGAAAGACAUCCUCCACUCCCCCAGCUCCAGAGUCAGCUCCAGAGGCAGCUCCAGAGCCAGCUCCAGAACCAGUGCCAGAGCCAAAGCGAAAGACAUCCUCCGCUCCCCCAGAGCCAGCUCCAGAGCCAGCUCCAGAGCCAAAGCGAAAGCGAAAGCGAAAGCGAAAGCAAAAGCAAAAGACAUCCUCCCCUCCCCCAGCUCCAGAGCCAAAGCGAAAGCCAAAGCGAAAGCCAAAGCGAAAGCCAAAGACGUCCUCCGCUCCAACACAGCCUAAGGCAGGGCGAGCUCCAGUCCAUUGUCCCGAGUUCAGCGAUAACGAAUACACUCUGGUUUACCAUUAUACCACCAGUGAGGAUGAAUCCGAUGUAAAGUUCCAGGCUGGGUUGCUGGAGCGGGCGAAUAAACGGGAGAAAGAACGGAAUGAGGAGACUCUCCUCGAUUCUGCUGACGAUGACAGUGACAAUGCCUUAGAGUCGACUUGCUUGUCGAAGACUCUCGAGAAGCGAAGUCCCUAAAUACUCGCUGUACAUCUGUAUAUCUGUACAUCUGUUCACUGUGUGCUUUGACAUACAGUGUUUCCGCUAUAUACAAAUAGUGGCGGCGCUGCUGAAAUAUGCGCCACUCUGCUAGGGGGCGCCAGCCACUAGGGGUUUCACAACUACCAAUAUUUACUAGUCGACACGUUUUUCAAAAUAGUAGUCGACUAGUCGUUACGUCAUAAUAAAGACACACAAAGAGAGGUGUACAACUGUAUUUUAUAUUGGAACUCAUAGUUACAUUAAACACUGCAUUUUAAUUUGUGUUACAUGGCUGAGUAAAUAACAAACAGUAACUGGACUUAGUGAA